AUGAGUAGAUUUAAAUUUAAUUAUCAGCAUUUGAUGUUGUACAUAAUAUCGGGGCUUCUCCAUCAGCAGACGAAUAAUGGUGGAUCGUACCGCAUUAUCAAUGGCAUAAAUGCAGCUAUAACGCAGUUUCCGUACUUGAUUUCGAUUCAGCGCAAGAGCGGCAGCAUCAAGAGGCAUAUUUGCGGUGGAGCUUUCAUUAGUGAAAAAUGGAUCCUGACAGCAGCUCAUUGCCUACAAGGCGAGACAGCGACAGGUUUAGUUAUUCGAGCCGAAUCAUCAUUUCACGAGCAAGGAGGAGUAUUGUUACGAGUUUCAGAAAUUAUUCAACAUAACAAGUUCGAUGUAUACCUCACCAGAGAUUAUGAUUACGGGCUAAUUCGGUUGAGCCAUCCUUUUGGAAGAGCCGUUCCGGCAAUCUUGAAAAAUGGUUCGAAGCGAUUUCUACCGGGUCAUCUUUGUCAGGUGAUGGGUUGGGGUAGAACGACCUACUCUGAAACUAGCAAACGAGUGAUGACGGUGUCAGUGCCAAUUGUUAGCCAAAGCACCUGUCGAUCAGCGUAUGAACCGUCUGAAACCAUUACCCCACGAAUGAUAUGUGCCGGAUAUACUACAGGUGAGAAGGAUGCAUGUGAGGGUGAUUCCGGAGGACCUCUGAUGUGUAAUGGAUUGUUGACGGGCAUAAUUUCCUGGGCAGAAGGAUGCGCCAUGAAAGACUAUUACGGAGUGUACAGUUAUGUUACCCCUGUUCGUAGUUGGAUUCGAAAUAUAACAGGAGUUUAG